GCACUGACGGUUUACAAGGUGUCUCGGGGUUAGUCCUGAGAUGGAUGUUGAUUAUUACUGAGCUGUUGCUGUCGAAGGGCAGUUUAUCGCAGAAGCUCAUAGGUAGACAUUUAGUACACGCUGCUGCCAGGCCGCUUAGGCAGCAUUCUCCGUUUAGGAGCAGAGGCAAAAGAACCACAUCGGAGAAUGAGAAAAGACAACUUGGUAUCCAAAGGAACAUUCAUAUUUCUUGUCUGGGGUAUUUACUAUGUAUCUGCCAGCCGGGCACUUCUAACAGUCCUAUCUAACAGCAGUAUUAAGAUGUCCACAAGAAAAGAAUAAAAAAGGAAAAAGUGAAGAAAGAAAACAUCCAGUCCAAGCAUCAUUAUCACCUUCGUCACUGCUAUAGCACG